AGGUUUUGAACCUGUGGUUACCUAUUUCACCCUUAGUCUUGUGUAGCUUAUCCAAAUCAGUGAUAUAACACUUGACGCUAAUCAAAAUCCUAAUGAGGAAGACUACACCCUGUGGUUGAAACAGCAAGUGUCAUCAUAUUACUUCCCUGAAAAGAACUUGAGUGAAAAACUGUAUGUUCAUGAGAACAGAAAGAACAUCAGAUAUAGGGUUUAUCCACCUCAUGUCAAACCAAGGUUUUACUCGUGAUCUGAGUUAAUACUUGUGAUACUGAGGAAAUGUUUGGUCAUAAAAUAGUUCAAAUGGUGCAUGACUGUUGAGUUGUCUUGAGAAACGUAGGAGUGUAACAAGUGCUCGUGUCACAACAUCCUGUUUAAAGUGUAUCGACCAGAUCUGGAGAGGCUCAGAGCUGUCGACAAAGUAGGUGACGCUGACCCCCAUUGAUUGACAUGUCGAAUCCAGUGAUCACCCAUCAGCCAGCAGCAGGGUCUUAUGGGACAAAUGUGCAGACUGGGGAGUGGAGCACUGGCCUGUGCUCCUGCUGCAAUGACCUGCUAGUCUGUGCCUUGGGAUUCUUCUGCCCAAUAGGAUUGAGUUGCUACGUAGCUAACAAGUAUGGGGAGAAUCCAUGCCUGGGUUUUAUUCCAGGAGGCAUGACAGCCAUGAGGACCCACAUGAGGCUGACCUAUGGGAUUCAGGGGACAAUAUGCAAUGAUGCAAUAAUGACCUGUUGCUGUGGACAUUUUGAGGUGUGCAGGAUGGCCCGUGAAAUUCGCAUCAGGAAUGGAGAAGUUUGACUUAAUCAGUCGUUUCAAUAAAUAUUGUUGUUACAAAUUGUAAUUGUCGUUCUAUGUAUUUUUGUUCUUAAAUAUUAAAUAAGUCCCCGUACUAAAGUGUUUGCUCUAAUAAUAUCACCAUGUAUGUAACAAAAUGUACAAUAAAGCACAGUAGGAUAUUUUAUGUUGUCUCGUUUUAUAUGAUUUGCACGUUGGCGUAGUAACGUUAGUUACGUGCUACAUGAUUGGCCCAUUUUCUUCGUGACCUGGCAACCAAGUGGAAGCGUACAGACAUUUCCUCCCCAUCAUCACACAAAACAGUGCUCUUAGGUGGCUGAACGGGUUAAAUAGAUGACAUUUAGCUAGCUAGGUGUGUUAUCCAACAAUAACAUGUCUUCGAGAACGCUACCACUCCUUUUUAUUAACCUCGGAGGAGAAAUGCUUUAUAUCCUUGAUCAGCGUCUACGUGCUCAGAAUAUUCCAGCUGACAAAGCCAAGAAAGCUGAUUGGAUAGAGGAUGACAGAAGGAGAGUUAUGAAUGACAUCAUCACCACCAUGUUCAAUAAGAAGUUUCUGGAGGAGCUGUUCAAGCCUCAGGAGUUGUACUCCAAGAAGGCCCUAAGGACAGUGUUUGACCGACUGGCUCACGCAUCCAUCAUGAGGCUCAACCAGGCCAGCAUGGACAAGCUGUAUGAUUUGAUGACCAUGGCCUUCAAGUACCAGGUGCUCUUGUGCCCGCGGCCCAAAGACAUACUCCUUGUGUCCUUCAAUCACAUGGACGCCAUCAAGGACUUUGUGAAGGAAACCCCAAGCAUUCUCAGCCAGGUCGACGAGACAUACAAACAGCUCAUAGAGAUGUACACACCGCUGUCCAGUGGCGAAUUUCAGCUGAUCCGGCAAACUCUCCUCAUCUUCUUUCAAGACAUGCACAUAAGGGUGUCCAUCUUCCUCAAAGACAAAGUGCAGAAUUCCAAUGGCCGUUUUGUCCUCCCAACCUCAGGUCCUGUUCCCCACGGAACCCAAAUUCCAGGACUUAUCAGAAUGUUCAGCUGCAGUGGCGAGGAGGUGAAGAAACUGCAGUUCCGUAAUGGUGGGAACUACACCAGUGCUCUACGGGAGGGUUCCUUUGAGAUGUUUGGAGAAAGGGUCAUCAAACUGGGCACUAACAUGUACAGUGUGAGCCGUCCAGUGGAAACACACUUGUCGGGGACGUCCAAAAACUCUGCACAGCAAAAGUCGGUCAACACAACUCCAAACCCCCUGGCCAAAGAGGAGCUGAACAUGCUUGCCAGGUUAAUGGGCGGUCUGGAAGUCCAAAAAACAUCCAGUGUAGACAAUGGCUUCCGAGUCAACCUCUUUGCCACAGAUGAGGAAGAAGAGGAGGCCUUGAUAUCAAGACCAGACGAGUUUUCAUAUGACGUCAUAAACAUCCAAGCGACUAAGAACCAGCGAGCCAAUGCAGAGUUGGCCAAGAUCAUGGGAGACUUCACAGAAGAGGGUGAAGAGCUGUGUCCAUCAAGUGCCAGCAGUAAAGGGGAUGACCUCCUGGCUAUGAUGGACGGGCUGUAAAAUGGUGUUACCAUGGUGGCAGGAUGUGAGGGUGGGGCCCAGGGCUGAGUUGGUUAAGAAGGGUAUUCUACUGUAGGACAGUGUUUAGUAUGUUUUGCUGUGCUCUGUCUCACAGUGGAGAUAUGGUCGCUGUCUCUCCAACAGAAACACAACACACUCCUCAUUCGUGAGUCUGUGUAGCUUUACAAUGCUAAGGUGCCGUGAGCAGGUCAAUUAUUUUUUCCAGCAAGGACCAAUUAAAUUGUUUGCAAGAUUGUAUUUUGCAAAAGAAAGUGAGGGAACUCGAAAAGCUGGCCUAGGUUUGGUGCAUUUAUGGUGGCAAACAGGAGCCUUUAAAACGUCCAGAUAAAGCAUUUCUGUACUAGAUGUUGUUCCAUUGAAAUGUCAAAUUCGGAUAUAUUUGUAUCAGUUUAGUCAAUGGUUUGUGCUCUGCUGAUCCUGUUUAAAUCUAAAUCUUAACAUUAUAUUGAUGUUACGUCAAACAGUCUACUUUCCAACAGCAUUUGGUAACUUCCUGUUUCAUUUCUUAUCAGCCCCUGAGGUUAAGAUAACAGCGGUAUCACAUCUCAGCUGAAAUAUAAUAUAUCAAGUUAAAAAAUAUUUCUUAUCAACUCUUGUGUAAUAUUAUAAUAAUAAACUGUACCUAAACUAGUUACUCUAGGUCUUUGGGUUUUUUAUCAUUCUUCGGCUUAGGCCUUAAUUUGCCCAAUUUAAAUCAGCUAAGAAAACCUGACAGCCUAUCUGGAUUGGAGUUAGAUGUUCCUGAUCUAAGGAGACAGAUGGAACUGAAAGCAAUCCAAGUGCACUUGUCAUUGUAAUUCAAAAGCACAGAUCCUGAAGUAUGUUUUGAGAGAAGUGUUCUACUGUUCCUUGUUUUCCUAUUUGUAUAAGAUAGAAAUGUAAACAUGCAUUUCUGUGCAAAAGUCUUAGGCCACACGGUACAUUUGUGUAAAGCAAUUUAUCAGGGCAUGAACUGUUUAUUUGCUUGCCCAAACACUAUAUAAAAAACAAUAAAUAACAUUAGAAUAAAUACAAAUGAAAGUGAAAAUACAUAAUGCUAAUGAACAAUAAUACCUUGUGAGGUAUUUGAUAUCUUAUGAGAUGAUUAGAAUAAAUGUCACAAAGCAAGUUGAAGACAGAAAAUGCAGUGAAAUCCAAAAGAUGAUUUGUUGCAAAUCCUGAGAGAAGAAACUACCAGAGGACCACUAUAAGGCUAAACAGCGUGGUUAAGUUUAAGUGCUCAGUCAUAGGCACAUGAAAAGAGAAGUGUUUUUAAACUGGAUUUUUAAA